AUGUUACGCCGUGCCCAUUGGCAAACGUGUAGACUGGCCUAUAACUCCUCUUUAAACUUGUUCCAUACAUCGGCUGCUCUGUUGAAAGUCUCUGAGACUCGUCUUCGAUCCCGAGCCCUCAAAAAAGCCAACCUAGAAAAACGCGCGCAACGGACGCAGUUUGAAGAGGAGAAUAAAGCCAGUGUUAUUCUAGGCACUAGACGCGGCGGGGAAAAGAUAUGGACUGAGUCUUUACUUGCGAAAGUCCUACUUGACGACUCUCUUUUCUCUCAGCCCUUCACGGCUCCAUCCAUGGUUGAGGAAUAUCAGGGCGUCGUGAUACCAAAGUAUCGAUCGUUUGGUGUUCACCGCGACGAGAAGAAGAUAUUGUUUGACCACUUGGUCACCUUGACUAAUACUUCGGUGCCAAAACAGGCGGCGGAGAGCAAGGCCGCCGCUGAAAAUUUUGCGCGUGCUAUCGACCUUCGGAAUGCGGACGCUGCUGGGAUUUCAUACGAGAACAGGCGGCGGAUUAUCAAGGCCUUCUCCACACCAGAGAACCCUUUCGAUCCGGGACGGACUGAGGUGCAAGCUGCCAUCCUGACCUACAGGAUAAGAAAAUUAUAUGAACAUUUGAAGCGGUGUAAACACGACUUGCAGAACAAGCUAUCCCUGCGGAAACUGGUGCAUCGGAGGGCGAAGGUGUUGCGCUAUUUGAAACGCACGCAACGGCCUCGUUAUGAUACUUUGUUGAACGACCUUGGUCUCGAGCCUGAGUCGGUGGAGGGCGAGCUAAUUGUGAACUAG